AUGUUUACCAAUUCCAUCAAGAUGUUGAACACCACUGCCAAGUGUUACAUCCCAAAGAAGCCUAUCAAAUCAACCACAUUCCCAAAGCAAUUACACACAAUGGAGCAAACCCAAUACAGAGCCCAGAAUCAUGCUACAGCAUACUCUUAUGCAUUAUACUUGAAGUCCGAUGUAAAGGACCAAAGACCAACAGUUAUCAGUUCAGACUCUGAUGAAGUGUCUACUGUUGCCGACCAUGUCAGAGUGUAA